AAAAAAAGAAAACAAAGACGAACGAUGUUGUCGCCGGAGAUAAUUAAUGUCUGGCCCCACAAUCUCAUGUCGGAAUUUAUUCGCAUCAACAACUGUGCAUCACUGUUUCCGUACGUCUCCAUUGACACGGAAUUUCCAGGGACCGUAUACCACCAGACCAAUAUACCCAGACACUCGCUAGAGACUCUCUCCCCGACGGAAUUCUACGCCGUGAUGAAGAGGAAUGUGGAUGCGUUGAAGCUCAUCCAACUCGGCCUCACCCUCUCCAGUUCCGACGGCAGGUCCCACUGCUCGUGGGAAUUCAACUUCCGAGAUUUCGAUUCCGAUCGCGAUCUCCAAAACCCCGAAUCUGUAUCCUUCCUGAAGCGUCAGGGGAUCGAUUUCUUGAAGAACAAGCAACAAGGAAUCGAAUCAUGGGUAUUUGCUUUACUGUUCAGGCGAUACAUCGCCGGGAAAGAGUUGAAGUGGGCCACGUUUCACGGGCCGUACGAUUUAGGGUUCCUGAUCAAGAUUCUAACCGGGAUGGAACUGCCGGAGAGUUUGGAUGGAUUUAUGAUGCUCGUGAGGGGUUUCCUCGGUUACGAGGUCUAUGAUUUGAAGAACGUGGUUCGAGUUUUUGGGCUAGGUGGGGGGCUUGAGGGGGUGGCUAGAAGUUUGAAUUUGGAGAGGGUGACGGGGAAAAGGCAUCAAGCAGGUUCGGAUAGUUUAAUGAUCAUCAGGGUGUUUUUCGAGCUGAAGGGAAAGUGUUCCGAAGAAGAGAUGAAUCGAGUUUUGCAGAGGUUCAAGUAUAAGUUGUAUGGUUUGUCUUGA